GGGACUCUGAUCGCAGCGGCGGCGCCGGGCGGCCGUGCCGCGCCAAGAGUGAAAGGCUGAUGCUAUCCGUCGCCAGACACUAGAUCGGAGUGCUGCCGUCUAGUCUUACCUUGUGACAUUUACGUUGGAGGUGCAUGCCGACCUGCGAGGAAUUUUAACAGCUCCAGCGUGCACAUGGCUGAAGGGCGGAAUGACGCCAAUCGUUACCCGUCCGAGCUGUUCGUCUACGACACGCUGUGUAUCCUGGUGUCGCCCGACACUCCCGUCACCGGGCCCGGCCUGCCCAGUCCCAACGAGGACUGUGACCCGCGCGGCACGCCCAGUCCGGACAACAUAGCCCGCUGGGCAAAAUGGAUCAGCGCCGGAGGAGCCAGUUCACGCAGAGCGAACGCCAACUUUUGCGUCUUUUGUAAAAAUAAUAUGGAGCCGACAGAAGUCUACCACGACCACAAGCUCAGAGACCGGCAUGGUUUCGUCAUGUGCCCGAGGCUGCGGUUCGUCGUGUGCCCCAAGUGCGCAGCCACCGGGUCGAUUGCCCACACGGACAAACACUGUCCGCUGAACUCUGUGCGGCCCAUCGGCCACGGCCGGCCGUCGAGGCCCCCCGCGCCGCCGCCUCCACCGCCGCCGCCGCCGCCGCCGCCCGCCGUGAACCCGUCCAAAGUUGUCCGUUCAGUGGGCGCGCAGAACGUGUAACGUGAUCAACAAUGGCCGAUGCCGGCAUUGUUCAAAUAUGUGGGUAGCGUCCUACCUUUUUGCUUUUUCAAUCAUUUUAGCUGAAGAAAAGGACCUACUUGAUGCGUGCCAACCCUAAACCAAUCCACUGGCUGGCUUCUGCCUUGUUAAAUGCAACCACCUGAUUGGUUUUACAGUUUUAUGUCCUGAGAUCUACUUCGAUCAUAAAUACCUGUCCUUUGUUUGCUGUCAGCUUCUACGAGCUGUUAGGUGCGGGAUCUAUUUUCCACACGAGAUUCAAUGGGAUCAUAGAUCCUAGCCUGCAUUUUGCAUCAUUCAUAAUCUACCGAGACCUAUACAGUACACACUCAUCACUCGGAUUCGUCCACAUCGCACAUAUCGGGUUACCUACAACAGUUUACAAGCAGUUGUACUUGUGUUAGGGGUGCAUGUCAGAAACGCGACUAAAUGCUGUCGAAAAUCUCCUGAGUUCGUGACUAUUGUGAGUUUCUUUGGAUUUUUUUUUUUGCAAAUGAAGAAGUAGGUAAUAAGCAACGCUGUCAUGCCCUCCUCCUUCGUGCAUGCACCUCACUGUCCCCACUAAACGGGCAACUCGUUUCUUGAAGUGUGAGUGAUGAUUGAAGAAAUGAUUGUGUUGCGCACUCCUCCAACCUAUCUGUUUUAUCUAUGCAACGUAAGUCGGCUGCCGAUGCAGGACAAUCCCAAAUGCUUCAUACUCAUCCUUCAUUAAGGAUCAUUUGUAAUAAAGAUGUGUAAUGUAU